AACGUUAUUGGGCUCGGAAAAUCUAUCAAAGGCCUAAUAAUGGGCUACAUCAAAUACACUCAAAUACAAUCAGCAGUCACCACAAUGUUAGAGCUCAGUGACAACACUUCUCUAGUAAGCUUCCGAUUAACCAACCUCCUGAGCGAAAAUCCAGCCUCCACUGAAAGAAAGAAACUUCACAGGGUCUGAAAAACUAAAUGAUAAACUCGAAGUUCAGUUUAUUGGUGGUGGUGUAGCCGUUUUACUACAAUUGGGCUUUUGUUUAAGAAAUGGACAGAAUCAGUGGGUUAUCUGAUGAAUUACUAGUUAAGAUAUUAUCCUUUCUUCCGACAAAAGAAGUUGUAUCGACUAGCAUGUUGUCUAAACGAUGGGAGUUUCUUUGGUUGUGGGUGCCUAAACUCAAGUUCUUGAUAAAUCACUUCCAACCAGAUCUUCCUAUUAGGGAUUUCAUUACCAAGAAUCUGCCACUACUUAAAUCUCAUGUUAUAGAAAGCUUUCAUUUCCAAUGUUUUGAUAAAUCAUUUCAACCGGAGGAUGUUAAGCGUUGGGUUGGUACUACGAUUUCUCGCUGCGUUCGUGAGCUGAUUAUCAACUAUUGUGAUUUGUCGUCUUUCCCUGGCAAACCUGUUGAGUUAUUACCAAGCAGCUUGUAUACUUGCACAUCGCUCAUUACUUUGAAACUUACAGGCAAUAGCAUUAUUGUGGAUGUUCCUCGAACGGUUUGUCUCCCUUCUUUGAAAACUUUGGUGCUUAGUGGUGUAUCAUACUCAAGCGAAGACUCUCUUCGACUGCUUUUAUCGUAUUGUCCUGUUCUGGAAGAUUUGACUAUUCAUCGAGAUAGGCAUGACAAUGUGAAAACCUUGGUUAUUAUUGUUCCGUCUUUGCUGAGACUAAGUUUACCGAUAGAUGGGGCUUAUUCUUGUGAUGGUUAUGUGAUAGUUACUCCUUCUUUGAAAUAUUUCCAAGUUCUGGGCCAUUAUAGAGAAGAUUUCUCGUAUUUGAUUACGUAUAUGCCUAAGGUGGAAGAAGCAGAUCUCAGUGUUGAGCAAGAGAUUGAGAGGCUUUUCGAAUCAAUCACAUCUGUCAAACGCCUGUCAUUAUUCGUAUAUCUCGACAUUGAAGACGAGUCUAUGUAUCAUAAUGGUAUUUACUUCAAUCAGCUUGAACAUCUGAAGCUACAUAUAUACCGCGAUAACUGGUCGAAAUUACUUGUUCGGUUGCUCGAAGAUUCUCCUAAACUACGAGUCCUCAAGCUUCUUGUCGAUGAUGAUCCAGACUUUGAUGAGGAGUAUGAACAUGCUAGCUGGAAAUAUAAUGAUGAGAGCUCUGUUCCUAAAUGUUUGUUGGAUAGUCUUGAAAUUUUCGAGUUUGCUGGGUACACGAGAAGACCAGAAGAGAGAGAUUUUGUGAGUUAUAUCUUGAAGCAUGCUUGUCAUUUGAAGUCCUCAUCAAUAUCGCACUUAUCAUGUUAUGUUCGAGAGUAGAAACUUCGAAAAUGAUCAAGGAGUUGUUGUAUCGAUCUCUGGAUUUUAGGCUUGUUUUUGUUGUCCAAGAACGAACUAGGUAUCUAUUUGACUGUAAUGUGGAACUAGCUUUCAAAUGAAAUAUGUACCUGAUAAUCAUCUCUCUUUGAUGACUCCAUAUUUCCUUAAUCAACCUUGAAGUAUGUAUA